AUGAGCAACCGCAUGUUCGAGCAGCCAUCUCGGUCCUUCACUUCACUUCCGGCACGUAGAGCGACUACAGAGGACGAUGAACUUAUGAGCGGCAAGAAGACCAUAGCUACGUCUAUAGGGCAGAUCAACCAGGCUCUUGGAAAGCUUGCGGUGGAAUCGAGCGGAGGAAAGGAUAAGAAUAGCCCAAUUGACUCCAUCAAACAAAUCGCUGUGAAAGAAAGCAGAAAGAUUGAAACAAAGUUCAAGGCAAUAGUGAUACAGGCAGCUGAAGAAAAGGAUUCGCUGAUGCUAAAAAACUCUCUAACACAAGCCAAAGAGCAGCUGGAGGAGCAGGUGUACAAUGCAUCUGAGAAGCAGGGGCUGCUCGCAGCUGCUCUAGCUCAGAAGAGCAAGAAGAAGCUGACCAUCGAGAUGGAGGAGGAUGAGAAGUGGAACAUCAUUGAGAAAGCCACCUCCGCUUCCUGGACCAAAGUCUUGGACUCGCUCUUGGAGACAGCUGAGAACUGUGCUCUUGCUCAGCUGGAGGAGGAGGACGACGACGAGACACGAAGCGAAAGCUCAGUGUCGAUGCUGCCGAGGAAAAGUUACUCUGACGACGGAGACAAUGAUUGGAGAUCCCUCGAGGAAAGGCCGACGGACUGGACGGACUGGACAGGCAAGUCAAAUGCAAAUGAUCGCGAUAACAGUCCUCUUCGACUUCCUGGAGGAGCAGGAAAGCAGCAGCAGCGGUACAUCUCGCCGCUACGAAACCCUGUCGGGCAUGACGAAGGAGGCAUCCAAGCCUUUCCUGGGCGAGGAGGAAAGAAGAAGCAGGACAGUCGGCUGGUCAGCAGCUACGACUUCGAGGACUGA